CUAGUGCAAUAAGUUAGAGUGAAAGAAAAUGUACUUAUUUCGCUCUAACUUAUUGUACUAAUCACAAGUUCUUCGAAAACAAACCUUUAAGAUCUUUAAAAAUUUUGUGUUGAUAGCGAUCAAAUAGAUUUCAAACAUGAUUUACGCUAUUAUUAAGUGAUAUGCAGUGUAGUGAUAUUAACGAUAUGUUUGCAUUAAUUGAUAAGAUCUAUAUAAGUGUUUAUAUGUGAUAUUAAGAAACGCAAAAUAUUAUUUUUUAUACUUAUCAAAUAACGUUUGCAGAAGAACAUAAUUAGGCAGAAUGAGAAAAAUAUAUUCUCCUGAAGAAAUUGAGAAAAAACGCCUAUUAGCAUUGCAAAGAAGAGAACAAGCCCAAUUAAAGGCACAAAAUAACACACCUAGGAGUAAUCCUACUUAUCAACAACAAACAAAGUAUAAGUAUUAUUCAAAUGUGAAACAAUGCAAGCCAAACAAUCGUUACAAUCCUAUAGAACCCAGGAAUUUCUAUAAACCACAAUCACAACCUGUAACAGGAAAAUGUUAUAUGAUCAGCACUGACAGAUUUGCAUUAGAAACAUCGUUAUAUGUGCCUGCAAUAAUUGAAACAUUUAAAACAGUUCCUAGCAGAUUAUAUGAUGCAAAAUCUAGGAUAUGGAAUUUUCACAUAAAUGAUUAUGACUACCUUAUGCAGAAAUUAAUAGGACAUGAGUCUAACAUAUCUGUGGAAAGAAUUCCUAAGACUAUUCUCCAGAUAUUUAAUAGAAAUUUAAAAUCAGACAUUCAAACACCAGAGCCAGAUUUAUCAAAAAUUGACAAAACAUUAACAGAUAGUUUGAUGCCGUUUCAACAAGAAGGCAUAUGCUAUGGUAUAUCCAAAAGUGGCCGCUGUAUGAUUGCAGAUGAUAUGGGGUUAGGGAAAACAAUACAGGCAUUAGGUAUAGCAUAUUACUACAAAGCAAGUUGGCCACUUCUGAUUGUAGUUCCUUCAUCUGUCAGGUUCCAGUGGUCUGAAGCGAUUUACGAAUUCCUUCCGUCCAUACCCGCCCAGUAUAUACAUCAUUUUGCAAAUACAAAAGACUAUAUUGGAGAUGAAAAAAUUACUAUAAUAUCAUAUGACUUAUUAAAUCGAGCUAUAGAUAUUGUUGAGAAACAUAUUUAUGGAUUUGUUAUUCUGGAUGAGUCUCAUGUUCUGAAGAGCAAUAAAACUGCACGAUUUCAAGCAGCUCAACGUAUAUGCGCCCAAGCGCGCCAUGUUAUGUUGCUCACUGGAACGCCAGCCUUGUCGAGACCGAUCGAGCUGUAUUCUCAAAUUAGUCUAAUUAUACCGCGUUUUAUGAAAUACGAAGAGUAUGGCAUACGAUAUUGCGCAGCACGGAAGACCGCAUUUGGCUGGGAUUUCACAGGCUCUUCAAAUAUGCAAGAAUUGCAGUUGUUGCUGAAAAUGACUUGCAUGAUUCGGAGAUUGAAAGCUGAUGUAUUAAAUCAGUUACCAUCUAAGAUAAGGCAGGUGAUUAUCUUAGAUCCAGUUUUAAUCAAAGCUGGCACCAAGCAGAUGAAAGAAAAGUUGGAACAAAUGCAAAAAAAAGCUGCAGGUCUAGAUAGACAUCAUGCUCUACUGCAAUAUUAUAAUGAGUCUAGUGAUGCAAGACUCAAAGCGGUUUGCGAAUAUAUAAAGAAUUUGUUUGAGAAUAAGAGAAAAUGCCUUUUAUAUGCUCAUCAUCAAAAUGUUCUGGAUGCUAUCUGCGACGUUGCUGAAUCAAUGAAGAUACGUUACAUAAGGAUCGAUGGCAAAACCAGUUCAGAGCACAGAAAAUAUCAAGUUGAUAAAUUUCAAGAACGUGACGAUUACUUAGCAGCAGUUCUGUCGAUUACCGCCGCAAAUGCGGGUAUCACAUUAACUGCCGCGCAUCUUGUGGUUUUCGCUGAAUUAUUCUGGAAUCCUGGUAUUUUGUGUCAAGCUGAAGACAGAGUCCACAGAAUCGGGCAGAAUGAUAACGUCAUAAUUCAAUAUCUAGUGGCGAGAGACACCGCGGAUGAUUACAUAUGGCCAUUAAUUAAGAAGAAGAUGAACGUUCUAAAUGCAGUUGGUCUCGAUCAAGAUUUCUCAAUAAAUGAUGUUGAUACCAUGGUGCAGAAGAAAACUGGGCAACAGGAUUUGAGUUCUUUCGUGAGCAUUUCUCCUGAAGAGCUUAAAGAGCAAUCCAGUAAAGAGCAAAAGGAUUCUUCCGCUAUGAAGGACGUAGCAUCUACUUCUAUCUGUGUAAAGGAGUUGAAAGAAUUACUUGAAGUAGACGGUGAAUAUUUUGAUUCCUGUGAUUGGGAUGAUGUUAUGUGAUUGUAUUGCAGUUUCGUUAAUAUCUGAUAUGUCUCGUUUACUUCUGCCCUUAUAUGUAAAAAUUUAUUGUAUCAUUUUAUUUUAAUCUGCCAAAUUUAAAUUCUAUUAUAGGAUAAAAAUUUAAAGGACUUGACAGGAAAAGUUAAAUCUAUAUUUGUAUUGUGAUAGAGGUUGAGAAUAAUAAAUUAUUUUUAGAGGAAA